AUGCCCGGUGUUGCGCAGGGACACUUUACAAUGUUGCAGGGCACCAGCCCGACCUCCUUCAACUGGCACGGAUCCAUUCCAACAGUGCAGGCAGAUACAAAGUUCGAGCCAAACUUCCGCCAGUUCGAUUUCUUUCUCGGCUCCCCAACAGUACCGGAUGAGGCGCUGGUGGGUCGCGUGUACAAAGUACCAGACGGCGAAUCCCAUUGGAAUAUGCGCACCUUCUGGGGACAAAAUAUACGCUGUACACCAGUUGUCAUCACAAGUAUCCCUGGUGCCGCCUUUGUCAACUUCUUUUACACACGUUUUCUCAAUCGGACUGGAACCUCCAUCAGGUGGUCAUUUUUUAAAUGUUACGCCGUUAUUUUUGCGUGGAAUAAUUUUACAAAGUUUUUAGCACGGGAACGAUACUUUCAACGUGACUUUCAGCGAAAUCAACUGUAUUCCUUUGAUGAAGUGCGGGACCAACGUGACCGCCAACGUGUUCGUGAGGCAUUGUACGAGAAACAAUUCGUCAAAAAUCCCGUAGCUGAGUACCGCGUAAAGGCGUGGCAAGUAGCUGAAAGGUUUGCUUAG